UUAUCUGAUCAUUAAAAUAUCGCUAGAAUGGAAUUGAAACUAUAGGGAAGUUGAUGUAUUACUAAUCUAAUCAUGUUGAUGGGUCAUUAUCAGAGUGUCUGAAUAAAAAUCCAAGCCAAAGGGUGGGAUGAGGCAGAUGCUUCUGAGAGAACAGAGAAGACACCAUCGUUCUGCAACUUCAAUUGGUCAGAUAAACCUUACCAAGAAGUGUUCCAGCUUACGUCCAUCCCUCUAAGUGUACCAGUGCCAGUCACAACCUGAUGCUUGAGGACAAAAGUCUCAGCCCAAAAAAACCGAGACAGCUAUCAAAAAGCAAACAGCCUACUGCAUUGUGUUUCUUCCUCUUGAUGACCUUCUCAGAAGUAAACUCUAUGAAGGUUGAAGAAGUCUGAAAGAGAGGACUGUUGGAGGGGAGAGGAAAGAAAAGGCAUAUUUUGAGUUAAAGGCAUAGUGAGACUUCUAUUUCUGCUUCUCUGUGGUAAGGGGAACGUCUCAUUUGGGAUUACAGUUGGAAAGGAUAAAAAGGAUUUAUUCUAGCCCUUCCCAUCAAGUGGCUGUAUAAAUACUGCAUAUAGAUCAAUUUGUUCUUGUUCCAAAAGUGUCCAAUCUAAACUAAAGCAAAAGCUGCUGAAACCUGUAUCACAUGGAUAUCUUUGAUAUUUACGUUUAGAAUUACUGGUGCACACUUGGAACCUGGACAGAAAUUUUUGCUCAGGACUAUUCUGGUCCUGGACUCGUGGCCUUAAAAAAAGUGACUAUCUUAUAUAAGGACACUGGCAGUGGAGGCUUUUGUUUGGGUGCUUUUAUUCCCAGGCGGGAGGUAAAUAAUGAAGCCCUUAACACCAGUUGGCUCACCCUCGCCUCUGCGCCUUCUUAACAAGGGCCCAGAUUACUUGCGCAGACAGAUAGACAGUGGAAAUCGGGGCCACUCUGUUAGUGCUGUGGAGCGAUUAGAGGCAGACAAGGCCAAAUAUGUCAAAAGCCAGCAGGUUAUCAACACCAAGCAAGAACCUGUGUUAGUUCCUUGUUCGACCCCACCACCCCCAUCACGGCGUAACUUCAUUGUACCAUUGCCCUUGACACCUGUUCUGCCUCGACGACCACCACUCCAUGCCCUCUCCAGUCCAUGCUCUCUCUCACCCGGCAAUAACAAUGAGGAUGAUUCCAGGAAGGAGAAUCUCAGAGCUCUGUAUCUGGAUGUAGAAAAGCAAAACCAAAAUAACUCUAGCAGGGCACCUCUGCCGACUCCAAGGAGUCUAAAUGGCACCCCACUGGUGGCACCACACAGUGCCCCCAUGAUAAGACGGAGCAUUGGGAAGCGCAUGCUGCGGCCUGACUCCCUGGUCAUCUAUAGGCAGAAGAAAGAGUGUAAGAGUCCUAUGGGAAAUUGUGACAGAAACGUGAGUGCAGAGGCGAAGGGAUACAGCUUUGUACGCCGGCUCUUCCAAGGUUCUAUGCGAGAGAAAAAUAACAGGAAUGAUGAUAAGAUGACAAUCAGUGAGGAGAAGUCUUCAUCACGGGAUGGAGACUCACGCAUGUCAUGGUCUGUUGACCGGGACACAGUAGAUGGUGGGAACGGGACUAGGCGAUCCAGUAGGACUGAGUCAAACACUGGCAAUAGCAGCCUUCAGGAGCCUUGUAUUUCCUUUGGAAUGCCAAAUUCCCUUAGAAAUAGCAUGGAAAAUGGGAAUGAGAAUGAUAUGGACCCUUGGAAGCCAGCGAUUCCACUCCAACGCUCUAAAUCGGACCUUCGACUUUGUUCGUCGCUGGCACUGUCUGAACACGAGCGGUUCUUUGACUUCUGUGGGCUUGACUGGGACUUGGUGGAUCGGCUUGGACCUGAGAACUUCCCAUCAGGUGCCAGCUCAGUUGACACACUCUCACUGGUUUUGAGGAGUGUCAGGGGACUAGAAGGUGGCUCUGAGCCCAGUGAGUUUUCUCGCCACUCGGGAGAGGGCCUAUUCCAGGAAGAAGUGGCUGAGCAGGUACCCUCAGCCGUGUCCAUCAUUGAGAGGAAUGCUCGUGUGAUAAAGUGGCUUUAUAGUUGUAAGAAUGCAGUGAGGGAAGGACCCAAAGGUCCAAAAGAGUCAACUGUGUAGCCACAAAACAAGACCAACCUCAAAACUCUUGGAAUAAGUGCCACAUUGGCUGUUACAUUUGAAGAGCUACUAUAUUUAUUUCUUUUGGAAUAUUUGUGUAUGAAAGAACUUUACAGGAUGAAAAAUGGCACAUCUAUUUCUUACAUUUGUUCGGGAAGAGAACUGGAAAUAUAAGACUGUUUUUAAUUUUCUGUUUGUAUUUUUUGGUGAUCUUAGUUUUCCCAUCCUUACAGUAGGCCCAUUCUCUCUGUAGAUAAGUAAUACUAGUAAGUUCUCUUCAUUUUGCUGUUGAACAACAGCGCUGUGUGCUCAAGUACAUCUCAAUAGAUGGAUAAUUAAAAAUGGAAAACCACUAAGCUCUUCCUGUACUGGGGAUCUAAUGUGUGAGUGUGAAGUGAACCGUGCAUACCUCUAGUUUGUGUUGUUUAUUUUCCCCCAUUAAAUGCAGGCCUUGGAACACACAACAACAAACAAAAAUUUGUUUUAAUGCACUAAUGCACUGAAUUAAAGGGUGUUGGUGUAGGUGGGGUGACACUUAUUUCUAGCUUGUGAAAACUACACCUUAUGCCAAAGAAAUAUCCCCUCAAAGUCUCAGUUAACUAGUUUGAUUUCCAGUAGUCAAAUUUAGCAUAUAUUUAUAAAUCCAUUUUAAUUCUAAUUAUUUAGAAAUUGCCAUGACAAUCGCGUUUGUUGUAUUACUAAAAGCAAACAAAGCUGUUAUUUCCAACCACAUGCAGUACACAGACACAUAUUUUAGCUAAACUGACAAAUUAGCAUCAGUAACAGGAUUAACCUUAUGACCACACUCCCAAAAUAUAACCAGAUUUCUCAUGUCCAACAAAUCAGAUUCAUCACAAUGAAGCUGUUCGUUCCAUCAGCCACAAGGCCAGGGUCAUUUUUUUUUAGAAAUGUUGGUAAAAAAAUCAAUCUGAGGUCUGCUGUGGAAUUUCAGGGUCAUAGGGUGAAUUUAGAGAGAGGUGGUUAGGUGUAGUUACAGUAAAUCAGACAUUCCAUCUGCAGAUCAACACCCACAUAAAUCCAAUCGCUCUCCUCGCUCUCUUGCAUGUUUACAGGCCAAGUUGGGUUUUUUUUCUGUCCAGAAGAGAUGUAGACUAUAUUUACAAAGGUUUAUAAUUCAUGCAGGCAAUGAAAAUAAAAUUGUAUUUUUAAUGAA